AUGUCGGUGGUUGAAUCUCUAGUGGAAACAGUUUAUGCUUAUGCCACAUUGGCAUUAUCGUGGUUCCUAUCAUUGGGACUUCUACAAAAGAUUUUUAUCAUCAUCUCCAUCCCAUUCAUCUACUCCAUUACCUGGCAGUUCUUGUUUUCCUUGAGAAAGGACAGAGUUCCAUUAGUGUUCUACUGGAUUCCUUGGGUUGGUUCUGCUGUCACUUAUGGUACGCAACCAUAUGAGUUUUUCGACAACUGCCGUGCAAAAUAUGGUGACUGCUUUUCUUUCAUGCUUCUUGGAAGAGUUAUGACCGUGUACUUGGGACCAAAGGGUCACGAGUUCGUUUUCAAUGCCAAACUCUCUGAUGUGUCCGCUGAAGCUGCUUACAGUAAUUUGACUACUCCUGCUUUCGGUGAGGGUGUUAUCUACGAUGUUCCUAACUGGAAGUUGAUGGAACAGAAGAAGUUUGCAAAGGUUGCUCUCACCACUGAGUCGUUCAUUCAAUAUGUUCCUUUAAUGGUUGAUGAGAUCAUGAAGUACUUCAAGACCAGUCCUGAUUUCCAAGGUAAAAAAGGUGAGGUUGAUGUCUUGAAAUCUCAGCCUGAAAUGACUUUGUACACUGCUUCUAGAUCUUUGAUGGGUAAGGACUUGAGAAACAUGCUUAAUGCUAAGUAUGCUGGAUGGUACAGCGAUCUUGAUAAGGGAUUCACUCCAUUGAACUUUGCUUUCCCAUACUUGCCAUUACCAGGAUACAAACUCAGAGAUAAAGCCCACGCACACAUUACCAACACUUACAUGGAGCUUAUCAACAAGAGAAGAAAGGAGUCUGGAACUCAUGAGAGAGAUCUUGUCGAUGCUCUUAUGAACAAUUCUACGUACAAGGAUGGAACCAAAAUGACUGACCAGCAGAUUGCCAACUUGAUGGUUGGUGUCUUGAUGGGUGGUCAGCACACUUCUGCCGCAACUUCUUCGUGGUUCCUUCUUCACUUGGGUGAAAGACCAGAUUUGCAGGAAGAACUUUACAAGGAAAUUAAGGAUACCAUUGGUGACAAGCCACUACAGUGGCAAGAUCUACAAAAGAUGACUCUUAUGAACAACACGAUCCGUGAGACUUUGAGAAUGCAUCAUCCUCUACACUCUGUCUUCAGAAAGGUUAUUCAUGACUUGCCUGUUCCUGGUACUAAGUAUGUUGUUCCUGCCGGUCACUUCGUUUUGGCUUCUCCUGGUUGGUCUAUGACUCAUGAGGAAUUCUUCCCUAACUCCCAGCACUUUGAACCUCACAGAUGGGACAAGUUGGGAGGUGCCGGAGGUGGUUUCAAGAAGGAAGAUAACGCUGAUGAGAAAGAGGAAACUGUUGAUUACGGUUUUGGUAAGAUCUCCAAGGGUGUCUCUUCUCCAUACUUGCCAUUCGGUGGUGGUAGACACAGAUGUAUUGGUGAGCACUUUGCAUACACCCAGUUGGGUACACUUUUGGUUACUUUCAUUCGUAACUUUAAGUGGACAAGUAAGGUUCCUGAGCCUGACUACACUUCUAUGGUUGUUUUGCCAGUUGGCCCUGCUUACAUAAAGUGGGAGAAAAGGGAGAAAGAUUAA